CAUGGUUUGGUGACCCCCGUGAAAUGGUCAUUCGACCCCAAAUGGGGUCCCGACCCACAGGUUGAGAACCACUGGUCUAUGCUCAGAGAGGACACAGUUUUGUUAGCUCCUCAGCAAUUGUUAGUUUAAAUAGUGUAGUAUUAGGAUUGUUAAUAUAGCUUCCUGUAGUGUACUCUUUACAUAAUUUUUGGUUUUUUAAUAAAGGACAGUGAAUUAGCAACCUUGGAGAGUUGCUUUCCAGAGGGCCUAAUUGGCCUCGUGGAUCGUUGGAGCUUUGCCGCUGAGGCAGUUUUCAGCUCAGAGUAUCUGUUCAGCACACUGAGGGAGGCUUCCCUUGUGUGUGAUAACAAUUUUUAUUGCCAGCGUUUCUGGAGAAUUCAGCCGAUUACCAGAGCUUCUCUCUUGCCUCGUGGCCAAGAGGCUCUAUCCAGGAUCGCACAGAGACUCCCCCAGGCUGCAGAAUCGCAAGUAGUUUGUGGUGCCUUAUAGCUGUAAGGGGGGAAGUGUGUGUAAGGUUCCCUCCGUCUUUUUGCCUGCCUGAACGGGGACUUCAAAGACGAGGCUGGAGAAGCUGUCUUAUAGCUCUGACUAAGAGGAGAGGCCAUUUUUAGGCACAAAGAAGACCUGCGGCCGCCAUUUUGAAUUUGGUGCUGGGCGUGGUCGCCAUUUUAAGGUUGCUAUUUGCCUCCAAUUCAGGCCUAGCAUUAGUGACUCACUGUGUUGGGUCCUCUUGGGGGUUUAGCUGUUGUUUUUUCGACGCAUUGCUUCUCAGAGAUUGAUUACAAAAGUAAAAUAAAAUAAGAUAAAAUAAAAUAAAAAUAAUAAUAACAACAAUAACACCUAUUAUCUUAAAUUGUGGGGUUCCUGACCUGUUCUGUUUAGCUCCCGGCGCUGUGCCGGCAGGGCCCAGCAGACAGUUUUAGACAGCUGUUCUGGCUGUUUGCCAUUGUGGUUGUCUUAGGGCGUGGGAAGCUUCCCUCCCGGACAACUUGAUCUGCGUAGUUACCCCCAGGGCUUCUCCUACCUAGAAAGCCUGGGCACAAUGGCAGAUGGUGAGUCUCCUCAGGCUUUGCAGGGUUCUGAUAUUCCCCCCAUUCAAGCAAAACGCAGAUCCUCUGAUUCAAAUACAGGGGGGAAGAAAAAAGCUAAAACCAAGCAUUUAUCAACCAAAGAACCCUCCAAGACUGCUGAUCGAGAGGCCUCAAGGAGACACCAGGCACUGGAGCAAGAGUUCUCCAAAGCACAAAGGCUCAGGUCCAGAGAAGCUGAAUUGGUUCCCCCUGCUUCUCUGACCAGCUCACCUUAUGAGCCCUCAUUGGUGCCGUCUUAUCAAGCCCCCAGGGCAGGGUUUCCUCAAGGGGGAACUGAACAGGUCAGUCUAUCUGCCCCUAGACAACAUAUCCCUAUAUCCCCUCUGCCAGGGCCUUCCAUUUCUCCUGCUAACAUUAGUACGCAUACUCCUGAGACCACCGCUGCUGGUGUGCCUUCAGCUGAGCGAUUCUUAUGGGCUCAACAGUUUCAGAGCUUUAUGCACCAGGCCUUCAAUCAAUUCAUGUCUUCUUCUUAGCAGCUGGUCCCUCACAGAUUUCACCUUCUCCACCCUUGCCCGCAGACCGCACUGGACGUCCCCAGUCAGCGGGUUCAGGUAUUUCUGAGACUUCAUCUCAGUUUGGGGAGACUGAAUCUAUUGACCUGGUGACAACUGAAGGACCUAUGUCUGAGGAUGAGGAGGUAAAUCAGGAUCCAACCCCAACAUCGGGGCUUUUUGAUCCAAACCUAUUCAAAUCUCUUUUGUUAAAAGCCUGCACAACAGCCAACCUGGUCUCGGAGCAGGAACCCAAGCCAUCUACCUCGGCUGCACAAGAGUCAAACCCUUUGUUUGUUAGAAAGGUGGUAGAGGAAAAACAAGUUCCUUGUCCAGCUGUUUUCCACGAGACGGUGGAAAAAGAGUGGACCUCACUGGCCACCCUACCCUCUCCUAACAGCACAGAAAAGAGAUUGUAUAAUGUAUUUUCUGCAUUCUCUUCCCUUCUAGAGGUUCCCACAGUGGACGCUCCAUUAACAUCUUUGUUCUCCACAUCCACUGUUCCUGGAGACAUGGCCGAAUAUCUCAAGGCGGAAGAUAAACGUUUUGAGUUUUCUCUCCGCAGGGCUCACCAGGCCUCUGCCUGGGCCAUCAGGGCGUCUUCAUCCUCGUCCUUUUUCGCGAGAACUUCUAUCAUGUGGCUCCGGGAACUACAGGCAUUAAUUCCUCCAGACCAGGAGGAGCUACUGUGUCGGACCUAAUGAAUGCUUCGCCUCGACAAAACUGGGAAAGGAGCGCCCAAGGGAGGCGUGGCUAAAGUUUGGUCUUAGUCUAAAUCUGAGCAGGAGGGCUUUGAUUACCCAAUCGGUGGAUGCUACAUCUUCAUGCUGAGAAAAGGCGUUCAGGUAAGACAACGCCCCUUUUCAAUUCACACUUUCAUUGGCCAUGCUGUCUAAAAAAGAUGUGGUUUACAAUACAUAUAUAACACUACAUUAGGAAAGUCUGAUUUAUAAUUAAUUGUUUUUCUAUUAAUUUUUAGGCAAACUUGCCCAUUAUUUCUUUAAUCGUUCAUUCUAUCACUUAGAAUUCUGAGUGUACAUAGCAAUUUCACACUUGUACUAUUACAAACUUUGAUAUUUCUGUUGCUUUUAAAGGUUGUUAAAUUUACCCAUUCUAUAGAAUGUUGUAUGUUUCUGAAAAAUUAUGUCCAUUCAAACUUACCCAAUAAAGCACAUAUCUGAUAAGAUUGGAAAGCAAAAAGUAGAACACUGAAACAACCUUAUCCUUUAUGAAAGAGUAAUUAAUAGUAUCCUGGUAAGAACAAAUCAGAAUCAGAAUAGAGCUGGAAGGGACCUUGGAGACCUUCUAGUCCAGCCCCCUGCUCAAGCAGGAGA